CUAUGUUAUAUUCCCUAGGUGAAGGGGAGUGCAAAACAACAUUAUUGAAAACACUCAUUAGUGAAACCUUCCAUUUUCUUUCUCUGCAUCUGGUUUCCUUCAUUGGCACACAUCCGACUAUUUACUGAUUCUUUGACCCCGUUUUCCUGGCAUUGGGUCUCCUAUCAUCAUAGCAUGAACUAUUUGUGAGAUCAGCAACAACCAAUAAAAACAACAUUUUUCCCGGCUGGAUUGGAGGAUGAUGAAAGGAAAGGAAAUAAAACAGAGAAAAGGGAAAAAGCAGGAAAUAAAAAAGCUGGCUUUCACAGGGUAACAAAAGAAAUAGUAAGGAAGAGCAUUUGAGGAAGUUCAGAAGACUGCUGAAAAAAACCACAGAGAAUUGAUAAAGAAAUGGGAUAUUUGGUGUCUCUAGCAGCAAUUUUAAAUAUACUGUUCUGUUUUGCCAUGCCUCAGAGUGAAGGUAAUAAUAUAUUUCAACCUCUAAAACUUAAUGUUUCCAUGAACCGUGCUCUUCAGCAACUGUUACUAGAAUUGAAUGUCAAUGAUGAUAUGGAAGCAUAUAACUCUGAAGUAAAAAUGGAUUAUAACAUCCAGAUUUAUAGCAGCAACGAGACUAAUAUUGUUGUCGAUAAGAAUUACACAACAAUAAUCAAUAAAACAAACCACCCUCUGAAACUGACUUGGUGUUCAGCUGUACCCUUGGAGUGUAUGCCUCAUGGAGUAAGAAUACGGAGUAGAGUAGCUCCUUCUGAAACUUGGAGUGAUUGGAGUGCUUGGGAAAUAAAGGAUGGCAUGGAUUCCCUGGAUGAUGGUAGCAGUUACAUCUUUCCACCAGAAAAAGUCAUUGAAAAAGGUUCCAGUAUCACUUUUUGCUGCAUUGCAAAGAAUAACGAGUUUUUAAUUGGAUAUGUAUUUAAUAGAAAGCCCCAUCUUAAAUCAAAACAAAGAAGAAUAACAUUUACGGAAAUGAAUGUUCCACUUUCAUUUUUUGGUGGCAUAAAUGUUCUGUGUGAUUUCUUUCAGUCGAGUGACAGACAAGGAACUCUUCUCUAUGUGACGAGUAAGCCUGAUAAACCCAAAGAUUUUGACUGUGAAACAGAAGACAUGACGAAGUUAAAGUGUAUGUGGGACCCAGGUCGAACAGACAAUUAUAUUAACCUUCAUCAGAAUAAAUGUGCGACUAAUUUCACUGUGUCUGAUGUGUCAAAUGGUCAAACAUACUGCAGAUGCGAUGGAAAUUGCAAACUCUGUGGAUUCAACAUUUCUAGUGAGCAAAUGAAUUACAGUUUAAGAUUGACAGUUCAAAAUUGUGUUGGACAGGAACACACCGAUACUGUGGUUGAUGUAGCCCAAAGGCUUCACCUUGCGCCUCCUGAUCAGCUCUCUGUCGGUUAUCAAAAUGCUACCACCAUCCAGUUACUCUGGGAUAUGAGACCUACAAGGGAUCCACUUUGGCUUCUGUGUCAAGUUAAUGUCAUGAAUGACUUUCAUCCUGAAGCAAAAGAAGAAGAGCAUAACAUUACAGUAUGGUUCAGUACAGGUUCACAUCCCCUCAUUAACCUGUAUGGGUUGCAGUCUUAUACAAAUUAUACUUUAAAAGUACGCUGUGCUGCUGCUGCUCAUCUCUUCUGGAAAUGGAGUGAAUGGAGUAAAACUAUAACCAUCCAAACAAAUGAAUCUGCUCCAUCAGGGAAACUAGAUAUUUGGAGUGAUAUUAGCCCAUGUUUGGAGGAAUGUAACGUAACUGUAUUCUGGAAGACCUCGACAGACUUUCGAGCUAAUGGAAACAUCAAAACAUAUGACAUAUGUUGGAAAAAUGUAGAAGGACCUAAUGUACACUGUCAGUGUCAUUCAACUGAAUUAAAUAAUUACACAAUUUCCCUUGGUAGCCAAUCUUACAAAAUCAGUGUCUCAGCAAGAAACUCAGUGAAUGCAUCAAUUCCCUCUUUGAUUAUCAUCUCAACAACUGGAAAUAAUGAUUUGAAUUAUUCUGAAGAAAGCACAGCCAACAAUACAGAACACGGCAUUUAUCUUUCUUGGAAGACCCAGGAUACAUAUGAUAGCUAUGUGAUUGACUGGUGUGUGGUUGAUCCAUUGUCCCAAACGUGUGAUUUUCAGUGGAAAAGAUUUGGGAAGAAUGUCUCUAGUACUCUCAUUACAUCUGAUGACUUCAGUCCUGGUGUGAAAUAUACAUUUAGGAUAUAUGGGAUGGAAGGAGAUAAAAGCUACCUUCUAGAAAAAAAGAUUAAAUAUCUUAAAGAACAAGAGCCAGCUCAUGACCCUCUCUUUAGCAUAUCUGCAAUUACUUCAGAUACGCUAACAAUACAUUGGGGAUCUUAUCCUGAAAAUUCCCUGCCUGGUUUUAUCAGAGGUUACAAUGUGUAUGUGAAAAUGGAACAUGGGAACUGCAGAACAUUAAAGGAAUUUGAACAACUUCCAGGUAAUCCCAUGAUAUGCAGACAUACAAUUAAAGAUCGGAAUCAAAAGAAUUACACUGUGAGAAACCUGGAGCCCAACACAGCUUACCUGAUUGCAGUUCAAGCUUACAGUGUCAAUCCUGGAAACAAAAGCCUGGAAUUUCAACGAGUAACGACACAGUCUGAGAGAAGUUGGGGCUUCCUUCGUUUUGUGCUACUUAUAGCUGUACCCUUACUGCUUAUAGCCUGUACGUGCUUCUGGAAGAGUGACUGUGUAUGGAAUCGCUUGAUCCCUGAAAUACCACGUCCUUACGUGUCUCCUUUUGAAAACAAAAGUCCUAUACUACCAGACAACAGUGAGGUCACUCCCAACAAACUACUUGUGACGAAGAAGCCUGGAUCUGAUAAUGAACCUGAUUUGGGAAAGACAUUGGGACACAAGUUCUACCUGAAUCCAAACUAUUGCCCCAAUCAACAAGAGCAAGAUGUAACAAGCAAGAAACCCAACUCUUCUUUGACAUCCUACCAGCCACUUCAAGACUUUUUUCCAAGCAAACUUGCCUGCUCUCCACUGGAAGAAGUUCAAAACAAUUUCAGCUAUAUUUCUCAAAACAACAUAACUUCCUUUGUGGUUCAGCAAAGUAACACAGCUUGUUUUGUUGAAAAUUUGCAACAAUCAAAUUACAAAAACCAGUUUCCCAUGGAAUCUUCACCGAAGUCAUUUGUAUGUGAUGAAAAUAUGCAUUUUACAGCUGCAUGAUCCCAAUCUUUCUGCAGUAAUGGUUCUCAAUAAAUAGCAAAAGUUCAAUGUGGCCAGGUAAUCAGAUUUUGAGUAGGGAGUGCUAAAAAAGAAAUCAUGAUAUAUUGAUUGGCAACUCUUUUUGGUAGUUAACAAUUAUUCUUCUGAUAUUCAAAGUGGAGAUAGCCCUGCAUCAUGAUAGAAUCUGCAAAAACACGAGGCCAAAAAUAGAGGUUCUUCUUUCUUUUAUAGCAGUGAUCCACACGUGUUACCUUCUUAAGAUUAAAACAAAUCACCGAGAAGUAGCCAUCUUAAUCUAUCGCAGCAAAAAGAACAAGGAUUUCUGCAAUAUCUGAAACACUAACAAAAGUAUUACGGCACAAAGUUUUGUGUCCCACAAUGCAUUAGAUCACAAAAAGAUUAAGAGAGAUUCAAGGAAGCCUUUAAACACUACUGUAAAAAGGAAAAUAGUUUUCAGAUUAGCAUUGUGAAAAUCCAUUGUUGUCUGACAUGGUUAAAGGCAGUGAUAAUACUGAGGGAGGAAAAGUUGUUAAAGGAAAGGGACAUGAUAUGAGAUUUGGCUGGCAUGCAUAUUUACGGUAAGACAAAGCUAAAAUAAAUGCAGCUUUUUUAUAAACCAUUACAUCAGGAGAAGGAAUGGUGGCUUUGGAUCUUUCAUUUCUUAACUGCUUUUGAGGCAAGGAAGGAAGCUCCAUUCACAGGCUGGAUUGUGAAAAGGAGGCAAUUGAAGCCAACAGAUCAGUGAUGGUUGGGGGCUAAGGGAAGCUCCAUCAUUGGCUCCUCAUGAGGAGGGAAGGAAAGGGAGCGUGUGGGUUCUCUUUCCCUUUGGCUGGACCAGUGGAACAGGAGCUCUCAGAGCUCAUUCUCUCAGACUGGCCCUCGAAACCAAAGUACUAACAGGAGCCUGGACUACUAUUAAUACUCAAGCUUCAAGAGCCAGUCCAGAAAUCUACUACUAUCUAGAGCUGGUCUACUAUUACUUAAUGGCACUACACAGAAUGUGGCAUUGACUAAUAGUAUCAAUUUAAGGAUUCCCCACCUAGCGAAAGAAAUGCAAGUUUAAAAAUCACAUUAAUUUUUUAAUUAAGUUUGAUUAUGGUGUUUUGGUUUUAUAUCACAAAAUAAAAAGUAUAUGCAAAUAUUAGUUCUGAUGGAACAAAUUAAGAAUUUUGGCCUAAAAGCAAGGUGCUGGCUGCUGAACCAAAUGCAUUGCUUCCUGUCAGAUCCCUAAAAUCUCGAAAAAAAGCAAGAGUCAUAGCCAUCUUGAAACCAGGCAAAGACCGUAAUGAUCCAAAAAGCUACAGACCAAUCUCCUUGUUGUGCCAUCUUUAUAAAGUUUUGGAAAGACUUAUUUUGCAUAGAAUUAUGGAAAACAUAGACCCAUGUAUGAUCCCAUAGCUUCUAAGGAUGCCUGCUAUAGGUGUGAGUGAAACAUCAGGAGAGAAUGCUUCUGGAACAUGGCCAUACAGCCUGGAAAACGCACAGCAACCCUUUUAAAAACUUCGUGUUUUUAAAUACAUUAUAAAUGUACCCUCAAUUCGCUUGACACAAUA